UAGUUCAUUUCUACCAUAAGUUCUCACACAUUAGUACAGUACAAUACAUCUCAUUUCAAAAAAUAUAAUGGGAAGAUUAGUGUGGGUCAUAGGACUUAUUCUAUGUUUAGUUGGAUUAGUUAAGGGUCGUCCUGCCACGUUCUUGCAGGACUUCCGCGUGGCUUGGGCCGAAUCCCACAUUCGCCAAAUUAGCGGAGGAAACGCAAUUCAACUCGUUCUCGAUCGAAACUCAGGAUGCGGUUUUGGGUCCAAAUAUAAAUAUUUAUUUGGACGUGUGAGCAUGAAAAUCAAGCUGGUUGCUGGUGAUUCAGCUGGAACUGUCACUGCCUUCUAUAUGAACUCGGACACAGACAAUUUAAGAGACGAGCUAGAUUUUGAAUUCCUGGGAAAUCGGUCGGGACAACCUUAUACGGUUCAGACAAAUGUGUUUGCUCGUGGCAAAGGCGACAGAGAGCAAAGGGUUAACCUAUGGUUUGACCCAUCGGCAGAUUUCCACACCUACUCCAUUUUUUGGAACCAUCGCAUCAUCAUAUUCGCGGUGGACGAGAUUCCGAUUAGGGUUUACAAGAACAACGAGGCUAGAGGGGUCCCGUUCCCGAAAUUCCAACCUAUGGCGGUCUAUUCGACGCUAUGGGAGGCCGACGACUGGGCGACAAGGGGCGGCCUCGAGAAGAUAAAUUGGAGCAAAGCCCCAUUCUACGCCUACUACAAGGAUUUUGACCUCGAGGGAUGCCAAGUGCCUGGGCCCGCCAGCUGUGCGUCUAGCACUAACAACUGGUGGGAGGGCGUGGCCUACCAGCAACUUAGCCCUGUGCAGGCUGCGCGCUACCACUGGGUGCGCGCAAACCACAUGAUCUAUGACUACUGCACCGACAAGUCCCGGCACUCGGUGGCCCCACCGGAAUGCCUGGCUGGAAUCUGAUUCGUCGGUUCCGGAAUACACAUCAGCGGUCAAUUCUUUCACUUUAAGAGCCUUGUACGCAGCCCCAUGCACAUCCAAGGGUAUAAAGGUCAUUGUAAUAAAUGACAGUGUGAAGUUUGUUGUUCCUAUUAAAAGACUAAUUGUGAUGGGUGUGGGGUUGGUUCAUCACAAAAUGUCAAUUGUGGGUACAAAUAGUGGGUCUUUAUUUAUUGUUGCAUGUAAUUAAUUAUUUGAUAUAUGAGCCAAUAAUAUGGUUAUGGACUGUAAUUGUGAUAAAAAUGUGUAAUCACUAUUCAAUUCAAUGUGAAUUUUAUAUAUGUAUAAUGAUUAAAGAAGUUAUAAACAAUAUUCUUGUAUU